AUGACUAUUCGAAGAAAAUCACUUGAUACUAACCCACAGGUCAAGCUUGGCACAGCUACUGCUAGUGUUAGUAAUGAGAUCGCUGCUAUUACUCGGUUGGCUCGUGAGUCUCAUCUUCAUACCGUGUUACAUCUGGCAGGUACAACCAUUGAGGGCCCGUGGGAUGAAGUGAUGGAUCUCAUUGGUCAAAUGCAUGAGCUACUCCACACGAAGCAUAAUGUUGUCAGAAUCCAAUCUGAUAUCCGUGUAGGAACUCGAGUUGACAAAGUUCAAAGUCCGCAAGAUAAAAUCGAUGUUGUUGAAGCUAAACUCAGGCUGGACGCCAUCUAA